AUGAGCCCAUGCUAUGUUCUCGGCAGCAAAAUGCCCACGUUCCUGGAUCUUCCCCAUGAGAUCCUUCUCUGGGUCUAUCAAAGCUUGGACAAUGUCCCUGAUGCCAUUCACCUCGCCAGAUCAUGCAGAUUACUAUCCCACAUCUUCGACCGCCCCCAGAGCCGACGGAAAAUCCUGCUUUCAAUCAUAGACAAUACAAUAGGGACACCAAGCCCUGAUAAAACCUGGCUCGAAGCGCAAUUCGGCACCGGCUCUCUAUGGAAACCUGAAGAAUCCGAGAUACCGCCCGAACUGGCGGAUGCCGAGACAAGAACCUUCUUGACGACUGUCGGGUUUCCCGUAACCAAGAUCCAAUGCGCUGACUUUGACUCUACGCAUCUAUCCAGAGAGGAGAGGCGUCUAGAGUGCUAUGACGGCGACGAACUGUAUGGCCAGCGCCACCCUGACGAUGACUCCCCUCCCACUAACCAUUGUUUCCAUUUCGGGAGCGUUGGGGAGUGGAUGAUGAUGGUGAGUGGGGAUGAUGGGGUGGUGUCUCUCUAUGACCCUAGUGGUUGGGACCACGCGGAUGGGUAUCAGGGCACGGUUGCAUUUUCGCUGGAGAGUUUUGCCGUUCUGUUGGGAAUGCUGGCGGGGGUUGCAGACAAGCUGGAUCCGGCGACGGAUGUGGGCGAUGAUGAGGACGACGGAGAAGAGGUGCGAAAGGCUAUUGUCAAUAGCUUGAGGGAGAGGAUGGUAGACUAUGACGAUUGUGUGUUUGAUGGGUGCAAGUUUUGGGAUGAGUUUUUUGAGUGUUUCCUGGAGUAG